UCCUUUUCAACCGUGAAAUCACAACUUGCUAAACCAAAACCUACCCUAACUUUCGGGUUACCCCUUUUGCAAGCCACUCUCUAUAUUCAUUCCUUAUUUUUUGUAUUUCUGUUUCAUUAUCAUCACUCGUUCCUUCCACACCCUCUACUAUAAAUAAACAACAACACCUUUCUCUGUUCCACUCGUUACACCUUAAUUCCACGCUUCAUUUUUCUUUCCUCAAUCACAAUACCACAACCUCUUUUCGACACUCUCACGUUACAACAACAACAUCAUGGGUUCCUCGCCCAAUUCAAAGCCUAAGAUCGUUAGAGGCACCGCAGGUUAUGUCCUCGAAGAUGUUCCACAUUUGGCUGAUUACAUCCCUGACAUUCCAACAUAUACUAAUCCUUUGCAGAUCAAUCCUGCUUACUCAGUUGUCAAACAGUAUUUCGUUCACGUCGAUGAUAGUGUUCCGCAGAAGAUAAUUGCUAAUAAAGAUAGUCCAAGAGGGGUACAUUUUCGGCGUGCAGGACCUCGUCAAAAUGUGUAUUUCGACGCAGAUGAUGUUCAGGCUGCAAUUGUGACAUGUGGUGGUCUAUGUCCUGGCCUAAACACCGUGAUUAGGGAACUAGUAUGUGCACUGUAUCACAUGUAUGGUGUCAAGAAAAUUUUGGGAAUCAAUGGAGGAUACAAGGGUUUCUAUGCUCACAAUACUAUAGCUCUAACUCCUAAAAACGUGAAUGACAUACACAAGCGUGGGGGAACUAUCCUUGGUUCAUCAAGAGGUGGACAUGACACCACUAAGAUAGUUGACAGUAUUCAAGAUCGGGGAAUUAAUCAGGUUUACAUAAUUGGAGGAGAUGGUACUCAGAGGGGUGCAGACAGGAUUUUUGAGGAAAUUAGAAGGCGACAUCUCAAAGUUGCAGUAGUAGGAAUCCCGAAAACCAUAGAUAAUGACAUCCCGGUUAUUGAUAGGUCCUUCGGCUUUGACACAGCUGUUGAGGAGGCUCAACGUGCUAUAAAUGCAGCACAUGUUGAGGCUGAAAGUGGUGAAAAUGGCAUUGGUGUUGUGAAACUGAUGGGCCGGUAUAGCGGGUUUAUUGCAAUGUAUGCUACUCUGGCCAGUAGGGAUGUGGACUGUUGCUUGAUUCCAGAGUCACCCUUUCACCUUGAAGGUCCAGGUGGACUUUUUGAGUAUGUAGAGAAAAGACUGAAAGAAAAUGGCCACAUGGUUAUUGUGAUUGCUGAAGGUGCAGGACAGGAACUUGUUUCUGAGAGCAUGCAAUCCAUGCAGAAGCAGGAUGCUUCCGGCAACAAACUUCUCCAAGAUGUCGGGCUAUGGAUAUCCCAAAAGAUAAAGGAACAUUUUUCCAGGCUGAAGACAAUGCACAUAAAUCUGAAAUAUAUAGAUCCAACGUAUAUGAUCCGAGCUGUUCCAAGCAAUGCUUCUGACAACGUGUACUGCACUCUUCUUGCUCAAAGUGCUGUUCAUGGAGCCAUGGCCGGUUACACUGGCUUUACCAGUGGGCUUGUGAAUGGAAGGCAAACGUACAUACCCUUUUAUAGAAUCAUCGAGGGCCAGAACAAAGUAGUGAUAACUGAUAGAAUGUGGGCAAGGGUUUUGUCUUCAACAAAUCAACCCAGCUUUACGGUUUCCAAGAAUAACGCUGAAGAAAAGACGGGAGAUGAACCAAACGGGGAGCAGCAGCAGCAGUAAGAGCAUUCGUUCAAAUAACCAUUUGACUCAGAAAGAAGUCAACAACAUUUUUCACCUGCUAUGUACAUCAUGUUACUAUAUUCGUUUCAUGUUUCAUAUCCUGCAUUGUAAGUAGUAGUACAUAUUUCAGUUUUCUUUUUCCUCUUCCAUGUCCAAAAGAUGGCCCUGGAAGAAACCUUGAAUAUAUUCAUUGUAUUAUUCUUUUAUUAUGCAUUGUAAUUAGUAUAUAUUUCAUUAUCUC